AGGUGUAGUUGGUGUGUCACUGUAGCUUAAAGUGUACUUGUAUAUAAUAUUUUUGUACUUUCUCAUUUUAUGCAUACCUUAGUCUCUGAGAUACCCAGAUCUCAAUUUUCUGUAAUUCCAUUCAAAAUCCAGGAAAUAAACUAUGGCUCAACCUAUAAGAAUAGGCCUUGCUGGAUUGGCUGUAAUGGGCCAAAAUCUUGCUCUCAAUAUUGCUGACAAGGGUUUUCCUAUUUCUGUCUAUAACCGAACCACAUCCAAGGUUGAUGAGACUGUGGAACGAGCGAAAGAAGAAGGAAAUCUUCCUGUGUAUGGCUACCAUGACCCUGAAUCUUUUGUUCAAUCCAUUCAAAAACCAAGGGUCAUAAUAAUGCUUGUUAAGGCUGGGGCACCUGUUGACCAGACCAUUAAGACCCUAUCUGCAUACUUGGAAAAAGGUGAUUGUAUAAUUGAUGGUGGUAAUGAGUGGUAUGAGAACACUGAGAGAAGAGAGAAAGCUAUGGCUGAAUUGGGUCUACUCUAUCUUGGGAUGGGAGUUUCAGGUGGUGAGGAAGGUGCAAGACAUGGUCCUUCUUUGAUGCCUGGUGGUUCAUUGGAGGCUUUCAAAUACAUAGAAGACAUUCUUCUCAAGGUGGCAGCUCAAGUCCCCGAUAGCGGUCCCUGCGUGACAUACAUCGGUAAAGGUGGAUCUGGUAAUUUUGUGAAGAUGAUUCAUAAUGGAAUUGAAUAUGGGGACAUGCAACUGAUUGCAGAGGCUUAUGAUGUGCUAAAGUCAGUUGGGAAGUUGUCAAAUGAGGAACUACAAAGUGUGUUCUCAGAAUGGAACAAAGGAGAACUUCUGAGUUUCCUGAUUGAGAUUACUGCAGAUAUAUUUGGAAUUAAGGAUGAUAAAGGUGAUGGGCAUUUGGUUGACAAGGUUCUGGACAAAACUGGCAUGAAAGGCACUGGUAAAUGGACUGUUCAGCAAGCUGCUGAAUUAUCCGUUGCUGCUCCUACUAUUGAGGCUUCUUUGGAUGCUAGGUUCCUUAGUGGAUUGAAGGAGGAAAGAGUUGAAGCUGCAAAGGUCUUUAAAUCAAGUGGCUUUGGCAGUAUCUUGAAUGAUGAAACUGUUGACAAGAAGAAGUUGAUUGAUGAUGUUAGGAAGGCUCUUUAUGCUGCAAAAAUAUGCAGUUAUGCACAAGGAAUGAAUUUAAUCCGCGCAAAGAGUAUUGAAAAGGGUUGGGAUUUGAAGUUGGGAGAACUUGCCAGGAUUUGGAAAGGGGGUUGCAUCAUAAGAGCAAUAUUCUUGGACAGAAUCAAGAAGGCAUAUGACAGAAAUCCUAAUCUGGCAAACCUUCUUGUGGAUCCAGAGUUUGCCAAGGAAAUCAUCGAUCGCCAAUCCGCGUGGAGGAGAGUUGUGUGCCUUGCUAUCAAUUCUGGUAUAAGCACCCCAGGUAUGUCUGCUAGUCUUGCUUAUUUUGACACAUACAGAAGGGAAAGUUUGCCAGCUAAUUUGGUUCAAGCUCAAAGAGACUACUUUGGUGCUCAUACAUAUGAAAGGAUUGACAUGGAGGGUUCUUUCCAUACUGAGUGGUUCAAGCUUGCAAAACAGACAAGAACUUAGAUUACUGGUACUUAAACCCCAUUAGAAUUUCCAAUAAAUGUAAUGUUUUCUGCUCUGGACUGUUUGCUGAGUUGAGCUUACAUAACUGCAAUGUGAUGAACUCUUAUUUCAUUAUGUCCAUCUUAAUUGGUU